UGGCGGCGGGCGAAUUAUCACCACAUACUUUCGGGUGACUUUUGAUCGCCUAGUACUUGCGAUACGAAUAGACGUACGAAAAAUACGAUGAGCACAACAUAUGUGGCUUUAUUUUUAUUUUUCCUAUUGUCUGGAUACAGUGCGUUGCCUCUGGAAGGUGAUGGUGAAGAUGUAGACAUAGCACCUGAUGAUUUGGACAAUAGCAUCGAUGGCGACGGUGAUGGCACCAUAGACAUAUCUCAUUUAGGUGCAAAUGCAUACGGUACACCGACAAAUGAGAGUGGCCAUUCAGUAGCAAACUGGACGGAGUCAUCGUUAAUGAAUCCUGAGGAAAUGGGGGAAUAUGCCGAAGGUGACAUUUUGAUUCCAAAACCGCGAGGGAGGAACGGAAUCAGUCAUGAGACUUUACGUUGGCCUGGGGGCAUCAUUCCAUAUGUUAUUGAAGGACAUUUCAAUCAGCAGCAACGCGAUAUGAUCAGGAUGGCGAUAGCUGAUUACCAUCGGUUGACGUGCCUCCGGUUUGUCCCAUACAAAGGGCAGCAAGAUUACAUUACAAUUCAAAGUAGAAAUACAGGCUGUUGGUCAAGCGUGGGACGCAUUGGCGGCCGACAGGAAGUAAACCUGCAGUCUCCUGGCUGCGUGACUAAAAAGGGCACCGUAUUGCACGAGCUGCUCCACGCCAUCGGAUUCAUGCACGAACAAAGCCGCCCCGAACGAGAUGAUUUCGUCAACAUUAUAUAUAACAAUAUUAGACCUGGCACAGAAAACAAUUUUAGGAAAGAAGAUAAGAAGAACACUAAUGAUUUCGGCGUGUCGUAUGACUAUAACAGCGUGAUGCACUAUUCUGAAUAUGCAUUCUCGAGGAAUUCACAGAAGACCAUCGAACCUAAGGUGAGCGGCUACAAAUUGGGUCAAAGAGAAGGGCUCAGUCGCGGCGAUGUGAGAAAAGUCAACAACAUGUACAAGUGCAAGAAAGAAGGCACAGACAUAGAAGGUGAUAAAAAAAGAGAACCAUCAACGGGUUGGCUAGGCGGUAUCUGGCAAUCUCUCUUCGGUGGCAACAAGGACAGCGAGUGAAUAGCAAAUAUUGCUACCAUAAAAUGAUUUUGAACGCAUCAAUAGUUUUAUGUAAAGAUCUGUUAAUAAAACAUAAGAUUUGUGUGCUAGUCUUUUUACGUUUUUGUAUGAGUUAUUUCUAUUAAUAAAUAAUUAUGAAUAUUUAAUUUGUUUCUAUUUGUAUCUGCCAGAAUAACAUUUUAAUAGUAAGAACACUGUUUGACUACUUUCAUGGCCAUCCGGAACUCUUAAAUUUAUUUUUUUGUCGAGCAUUGUCAGCAAAAAUACACAUAAACCAAUUCAGAUAUCAUUACAGUUAAUCAGGUGAGACUGUGAUAAAACGCACACUAUUUUUUAAAAUAAAAAAUAAACAUGCGAAAUUUUUAACAGUUUUCCUAACCUAAGUAAACCGUUAUUUAACAGGGUGAGAGGGAUUGUUAGUUUUAACG